UAUCAUUACCUCCUCAACGUAGUACGAAGCAAUUCAGCUGACCACCAUCGCGGUGGAAACCACUCAACACGUCCCCCGCAGAUCCAGCCCCCGAAAGAACCCCAGCCUAAACCCCAUACACCACUACCAACGGCACAAUGUCCCUCAUAAACUACCGCACCGUCGACGUCGACAGUAUCGACCCAGAAUCCUCCGUAAAUUUUCCCCUAGAGACCCUUGUACCAAGCAACUGCCCUCCACCCACAAACUCCAGCGCGGCGGCGAGCAUCGGUUCGCAAGUCCGCCAAAUGCUCCGGUCCGGCGACUUGGAGGGGGUCAUGCGCUAUGUACUGGACACAGCGCCGUUAGGUGGUGAUGAUAGAGCGAAAGAGGUCCAUCUAGCUACCGUUGUGGAGGUCCUGGCGGGGAUAAGACAGGGGGAGAUGACGAGGGUGCUUGAGGGCGUUUGCUCUGGGGAGGGUGGAGCGGAGAGAGGGGAUUGUUUGAUGAAGUACUUAUAUAAAGGGAUGGCUGCGCAGUCAUCUGGGAGCCUCUCGCCGUCAAAGAAAUCAUCACUGUCUCCGCAAAGUACGGGCUUUUCGCAAAUACAGGCGCGGAAUAUUGGGGAAGGAGGUGGAGGUCAACAAAUGAGCGUGUUGCUGAGUUGGCAUGAGAAAUUGGUUGAUAUUGUUGGAGUCGGAUCCAUUGUUCGGGUCAUGACGGAUCGAAGGACGGUUUGAAAGAAAUAACAGACAGAAAAUUUUAUUCUAAAUAGACGAUCAUGGGUGUGAUUUUGCUAUUACUGUUACAGCGGGUAUCAUACAAAACUGUUCUUUGGCCAACUAGCACUUCUAAUAUCGAUCUCAAUGCGGAGCAUCACUGUUCGCUCGCAGGAUUUCCCUUUAUCAGCCAGUUAUCCAAGAUAAAGAAACCAGUCGAAGGAAAA